CAACGUUUGGAGCUCUAUCAAGGUGCGCACUAUCUACGCGGCUCUACCAAGUUGAACAAGUGUCUUACCAUCUGGAUUAAUUAAUUGGCUAAUCCCCAGUUCGACUUCUCAGCAAUGCAACUCAACGAGCACCUAAGGCGGAUCAUCAAAAUACUGAUAUUUGCAUUCCUGUGCACCGAAAUGCAGACAACCUUCACCCAUCGCGAGUUGGCAAAACAGCGCGGCAUAGGCACGUCCAAUGCAGCGGCUGGCAGGCGAAGAGCACCUUACCAGGCCUCCAUACGACUGCUUGACCAGGAGCUGGACUAUUUUGGAAAGGGUCACAUCUGUUCGGGUGCACUCGUGGGUCCCUCUGUGGUGCUCACAGUAGCCCACUGCCUAUACAAAAACGACAACAAGAGCUUCUAUCAUCCCGCCGAGCUGCGCGUCGUGCUGGGCAGCACGCAGCGCUUCGCGCCGACGGCACAUGCCCAGGUGUAUGGUGUGACCCAUGUGUAUCAGCCGCCAAAGCAGCUGUCCCUGGCCAUACUUAUGCUCGAUCAGGAUGUGCCCGCCCAACAGACGCGCAUACAGCCCAUAUCGCUGCCCGUGGACACACAGCACCUGGAGUCGGAUCCGGCGCCUUGGCACAUCAGCAGCUGGGGCCUGUCCGGCGAUGAUGGUCACGAGCUGCACGAAAUGCUGAGGCUGCGUGUCCAGCCCUCGCCCUGCCAGGAACUGCAGCAGUUGUGCGUGCAGUAUGAUAACCAGGCGGAGAAUGCCGCCUACGAGUUGGAUGCAGGAGCUCCGCUGACCAAGUCCAAUCAGCUGCUCGGCCUGCGCAGCAAGUCAUCCGCCUUCGUGGACGUUGCCAGCCACGUGGACUGGAUACUGGCUCAAACUGGCAAUGGCACCAAUCAGAAUAGCUCCAUUUGGGGCAUUCUGGGGCUGCUCGUCUUUACCAUCUAUGUGGUCAAGUGCAGCCGCAAGAGCUUCAUUUCGUGAGCGUCGUCCGAUCGGCGUUUCGACUAGAAUUCGUUUAGGUUUGUGGACAUGAAAACUGGUUGCAAAGCUUUCGUUAGCCACUUUGUUUGUUUUCAAAAAACAAAUAUUUGAAAUGUGAUAAUCGCUAUUAGGGGUAUGCCGGCAAUAUCUAUAUGUGAGAAUUCGAUUGGCUGGCACUGAAUUCAAAUUGACAAAUCCAAUUUUUUACAUACAUUUUCUUUGCCCAUAAAACAUAUAUAAUUAUUUUUUCUCAAAAAAUCUUUAUAGAGAUUUUAGGCACUACCCCAUAUAAGUAUAUUUUUUUUGUUGUUUUUUUUUUUUUUUUAAAAUAAAUAUAUGUACGGAAUUUCAUAUAUGUACAGUUAUAGGUAGAAUAAACAAUUGAUAUGCAUUUUCCAUAUUUUAUUUGGAAUUUUAAACCUUAACGCAUUCUUUUUUUUUAUCAGAUUAUAUGAUAUUUUGUGUACAUAAAGUAAUUGAUAUCGCAUUUGGUACAAAAGUUUUAAAAAUAAUUAGUUAAGAUUUGAGGGAGCGCCCCUAUUAAAUGGAUCGCCUCUAUAUAUACAUAAUAUACAAAAGAUGUGCUUUGUUUUUAAUUACGAAAUCGAUUUUUAUAUUAUGCAUUAACAGUUAAUUUCACAUGAGGAGGCAAGCAAUAACGGGGUUUUGGGAAAUUCCACCCGCAUUUGUGGAAAAAUCGCGAAAAACGAAUAUGAGAAACCUUUUUUGAGACGUGCUGCACAGUUUUCCCAGAAUCCAAGCCUCCUCAGUGGAGAAUGUGAUUAAAAGAUCUUUAUAGAAUAUACUGAAUUUCAAUAAUUGAGCUGAUUGAAAGAA